UGCAGUGCGUGCGUGUGGAAUCGACUGGAGUACAUAAAAACCUGAUAGCACGACCAGACGGCGAAACGCUCAAUAUCCCUUUGUAUGUCUCUUGUCAUGGACAGAACAGUUCUCGGCUCUCAUCAAAGAGAGACAGGUCAUUCAUUACCUGGUCCAUCUUCUACUUCUCAGGUGUAUUAUUCUAGUUUUCGUCAAUGUCGAAUUAAGUGACAAUCUGAUUGAAUGGAUUUUUGUAGAUAGCUAUGCAGUACUACGAAUGGACAUUGAUCAUUUUAAUCAAGAGAGCUUGACAGAAUCCAGUUGGAGCUGUACUCCAAACGAUACACUUGAAACCUGACUGCUGGCUAGAUGCUGUAAGGAUUGCCAAUAAAGCUCGAAAACUUUGAGGACAAAGUACUAAUCUUCUGGUAUAUAGAAGUGGGCCUUGUAAGAGGUCAAGUAUGAAAGUGCAUUAGCAGAUUAGGCAUCCAGGUCCGAGGUACGACAGCGUUAAGGACUUACUCCUUAAUCACAGAUCAUUACUAUUUUUUAUUAUAUCUCUACGAGGAAUGAACGACAGACGAUUGCUUGAUUUGGGGUAGGGCGACAGAUGAACAGUAUUCGUAAAAUGUAUCACUGAUGUCCUAUAUUGGCUGCAUUCGUAAAUAAAUGACAACAUGGAGACAACACAAGCACCUGUAUACGUGACUGAGAUCAUCAGCGAGACAUCUAUAAGCAUCAUCAUAAAGGAGGUCAUUGUAAACCAAUCCAAUGUAACAGAUAUAUCACUCGGAUCAAAGAAUAUUCCCUGGCCCCAGGUGUCUAUCAUGAUCCUGGUAUUAAUUUUCGGUGUCGUAGCCAAUCUCUCCAUCAUUUGGAUCGUACUGAAGAACAAACGCCUACGUUCAACACCGAACAUCAUCGUAGUGAACUUGACAAUUGGUGAUCUCCUGUGUUUGAUUGUCAAUCUACCAUUCAUCAUUGACUUUCACAUCAGGAGAGAGCGACACUGGGUCUUCGGUGAAUUCAUGUGCAAGUUUGCCCAUAGUAGUAUGGUGACUAGUGGAUGUAUCACGGUGUAUUCUCUGAUGGCAUUAGCUAUUGAGAGAUAUCUUGCCAUCGCUUGGCCGUGGCGUAACCGUGACAGCAGCAGAUGCGUAAGGAUGUCUCGAAGUUGUUUCUGCGGACCCACAUGGCAAAUUGUAUUCUUGAUAUGGUUAGGAGCGUUCACUGUCGGAGCACCAAUUUGGGUUACAGCCGAAGUACUGUACUAUCAGUUCCUUAACUACAGUGUAUGUAUUCCAUUGAACAUUGGAGGCCACUUUGCUCGGGGCUACGAUGUAUUUCGCUUACUGGUGGCAUAUCUUUUCCCGCUCGCCGUCAUCAUCAUUGCUCAUACUCUCACAGCACUUGCACUACUCAAGAGUGUGCGGGGUACUGUGACAGGAGCAACUGAACAAGUGUGUUCCAAUAAUCGUUCCACACCUCGUGUUCGCUCUCGGGUCAAGUUGGCCAUUGUCAUCAGCAUACUUUCUGUGAUGUUCUUCAUCGCUUGGCUCCCGUUCUACGUGUAUAGCAUGUGGGUAGAGUUCCAUUACAAGCAAGAUAUUUUUGAGGGAAUUGCAAUGCAUAAUUUCCUUGCGUGGAAAGACAUCCCAAUUUACCUUCUCAGCUGUCUAAAUCCUAUCAUGCUAUACGUCCUGAGUACUCGGUUCCGAGAGCAGCUUUAUCAAGAUUUAUUUUGCUGCAUCGCAAAACAGAAUUUUGACUGGAGACCAGCAGAAACCUUCAGUUCUUUGAAGAGUUCAUUCUUGACGGCGAGUACCUUCCGGGGUCGUUCAACCGUAGCGAGAAGAUCAUCCCCAUCCAAACACGACCCAAUGCUUGCUAAUGCAAAUGAACUCACAAAAUUCUAAGAUAAUCUAUAAUUGAGUUAGGCAGGUCGUAAUGUUCUGGGAAUGGAAUGUAUGGACUCAUCCAGAGCAAUCCUUUACAACACGAAACAGAUCUACAAAACGACAUCAAUAAUUGUAACCCUUCCAACCGAUAAAAGCAAACAUGGUACAUGAAUGCAGUCCUCUUUCAGAUUGGUGGCAAUAAUUUCAAAUUUUUCAUAUUCAUAUUCUUCUUUUUUUAUUGCGGCCAGUAUACAAUUUACACUGUUUACAAACAAUAUCUACCAAAAGUAUACAUGUAAUUGCCACUUUUCUGAGAAUAGGUUUGGAAUUCAUUACUAAUGUCGGUGAAGGAACGUCAAAAUCUUGAAAAGUCAGUUUGGUUUAAGUAAACCUGCCAUAUGAUUUCUAUAUCAGCCCCCCCCCAAAAAAAGUAAUGAAAAUCGAAAUUAAAAAAUAGAAUAAAAGUAAUGCAUUUUGAUAAUGAAAUGCAGUUUUGACGUUUCCAAGCAGUUUCUCUCCCAAUUUUAUGCAAACUGAAAACAUUACUUGAGCGUUGAAGAAGUGUCAUACAGCAACCUUUGGAUGAUAUAAUAUCAUGACCGUGA